GAUGCACUCUCUCAUUCUCCUCACUGGGCAGCUGCUCUCUCCACGGACCAAAACCUUGGGGACAUUCCAUGCGUCUUCACUAAUGAAGAACUUCGAUGGAACACUUUUAAGACCUGGCCUCAAGCGUCCCUGCCGGCAUUGUCAGCCUUGGUCAAAGCAGGUCUCUUCCACAGAGGUGAGCAGCAGCUGGUGCCUACUUGCUUGCUUGGCUGGUUAAACCCCAUGUGGGCUAGGGGAUCUAAGCCUUGCGUUGAUCUAUACUCAGCGAUCUUCCUUCUUUUCAUCAGUCUUUAUGCAUCCCUUUUAAAUCCUCUCUCCAUUCUCUGUGCUAUUAGAAAUCAGCCCCCAAACUCUGAAUUGUUGGUGUCAGAAAGAAUGCACUCAGACACAAAAGGUGGCACAGGGGGAGCCCCAUGGUUUCAAGAGGCGAACAAUCUGAGUGAGCACCUGAGAGCCGCCUGAACCAGUGCCCUUUUCCGCCACUUGUUGCUUGAGAGCCCUUCCAGCCUCCUCACUGACCACCUGCUGUGGUGUGACUUGGCCCUUGUUGCCAAGUGCUGGAGCCGCCCUGUGCAGGAUCCCCCGACAUUGCCUGAGGUCUUGGCCAACUUGUACUCUGUCAUGAGUGUGGAGGGUGAAGCUGGCAGUGGGAAGACUGUUCUCGUCUGGGCAUCAGGAUGCUGUUCCCUGUCAAACAGGUUCCAGCUGGUUUUCUACCUGUCCCUCAGUCCCACCAGCUCAGACCAGGGGCUGGUCCAGAUCAUCUGUGACCAACUCCUAGUGCCAGAAGGAACUGUGAGUGAAAUGAGCCUGAGGAACGUCAUCUGGCAGUUGGAGAACCAGGUCUUAUUCCUGCUGGAUGACUGCAGAGCAAGGGGCUCAGCCCCCCGGGUCAUAGAAACACUUUUCCAGAGCAGCCACUUGUCAUGGACUUGCCGAUUAAUUGCUGUCCGUACAAAUGGGCAGAGACUUCUGCUGACACCCAAAUACAAUUCUGAGGUCAAGGGGUUUCCCUUUUACAGCACCCUUUCUAUAUUAUGGCGGCUUUUCCCACAAACCCUGCCCCGGCUUUGGAAGCUCAUGGUGCAUUUUGGGAAGAACAUGUACCUGCAGGGGAUUCACAAAAUGCCUCUUGUGGCGGCAGUCUGUGUUUCGGUACCCUUUGCUCAGUCUUUCGACCGUAUGGCUGUUUUCAAGGCCUACAUGGGAUACCUUUUCUUACAGCAUAAAACUCCAGAUGAGCUUUUCAGAGCAACUGUGUCCUGCUGUGGGAGCUGGCCCUGAAAAGGUUUUUUCAUCUCUUUCGAGUUUAGUGCUGAUGACCUUGAAGAAGCAGGGGUUGAUGGAGAUGAGGAUCUCACCAUAUGCUUGAUGAGCAGCUUCACAGUCCAGAGACUAAGACCCGUCUUUCAGUUUUUAAAUCCUGCAUUUCAGGAAUUUCUUGCUGGGAAGAGGCUGAGUGAACUGCUGGAUUCAGAUAGGCAGGAAGAUCAAGAUUUGGGACUUUAUUGUUUGAAACAAAUUAACUCACCCAUGCUGGCUGUAAGCUCCUAUUAUAACUUUGAAAAAUAUGUCUGCAGCUACUCUUCAACAAAGGUGGGGCCAAAGAUGGUUUCUGAUUUGCUUCAUUUGGCAGAUAGUAAACAGUCAUUGGAAGAUCCGCCCAGAAAUGGUGACUCCCCAAAGCAUGAAGAGGAAAUCCCACUGCAUACACAGGCACUGUAGCAGCUGUGUCCAGAACAGUGCUUUGUGCUAUCAGAAUUUUUACUGGAUUUUGCCCUAACGAUUGCUUAUGAAAGCAAUACUAUUGCUACAUGUGUUCCGUUUAUUUCACAAUACCUACAAGGGAGAUCCCUGCCAUUGAAGGUACUUAACUCACAGUACUUCUUUGACUAUGCAGAAAGCCUCCUAGUGCUGUGGAGUUUCACAGUCUCGCUAAAAGGCAUUAAGCUGAGAUGCAUACCAGAUAGUAAUAUCUUGGAAAGAUGUUUAGACAGACCCCAGGCACCAACAGUAGAUCAGGACUAUGCUUUUGCCUUUGAAACUCUCAAACGGGUACAGGAUUUAGUGGAGAAAGAAAAGACCAUCAAGAGUUACCUGAAUCUAAAGUUUGCCAUGCCAGACAUCAGUGGCAGCUUCUGGAAACUGAAGCUGCACAAGCUUCCCCUGCUGCAAGUCCACAUUGCCAAUGAGAACGUAAUGAUCCCUGAGGUGCUCUCAGUGCUGACAACUGUCUUCUCCACCUUCCAAGACAUUGAACUCUAUGUGAAGGGCAGCAGCAGCUUCAUGGAGAGCAUCCGCCCUGCACUGGAGCUGAACGAAGUGGUUGUCACCAAGUGCACCCUGUGCAGUGUCCACCUCAACACAGCAGAACAGGAGCUGCUGCUCGCCCUGCUGGCCCUGCAGUCUCUCAAUAUCUCGUGUUCGGUCCAAUUACAAGACCAAAUCUUCCCUAACAUGGAUAAGUUCCCAUGCCUGAGAGAACUAUUUGUGAAUCUGGGUAGACUGGAUGUUUUAUCUCUUCUUCCUGAGGAAUUCCCAAACCUCCGCCACAUGGAAAAGUUGCAGGUCCAAAUUUUGGCUGGGCAUGAUGCUUUCAAACAAGUACUGUCUAUAGAGAAUUCUCCAAACCUUCAUAUUUUCCAUCUGAAAUGCUAUUCCUUUUCAGAUUUUGAGUCUCUCAUGACCACACUGGCUUCUUGUAAGAAAUCUGAAGAAAUUAGAUUUUCUGGACCCUUUUUUAAAGCCAUCCCAUUUGUCACUACUUUGCCAAAUUUUACUUUUCUGAAGAUAUUAUAUCUUGAACACCAACCAUUUCCUGAUAAGGAAACAUCUCAAAAGUUUGCCUGCACUUUGGGCUUUCUUACCAACCUGGAAGAACGGGUCCGUCUGACUGGGGAUGAGAUUUAUCAUGUGGCGAAUUGGAUCGUCCAGCAGUGUCAGCGGCUCUCGUGCCUCCAAGUCCUCUCCUUUUUCCAGAUUCUGAAUGAUGACUGUAUGGUAGAAAUUGCCAAGGUAGCAAUCAGUGGAGGUUUCCAGAAACUUGAGGACCAAUCUUUCAAUCACAAGAUUACACAGCGUGGAUACAGGAAUUUCUUUCAAGCACUGGACAGCCUGCCAAGCUUAGAGCUGAAUGUUUCCAGAAACUUCACUGAGUGCAUCGUAGCUCAGGCCAGCACAGGAAGGCCCUGGGCUAGUGUGUGUGCCACUGCAAGGUUGCUCACACUCAGCAUGUUGGGCUGGCUCCUGGGUGCAGAAGAUAAUCACCUUGCUCGAGGCCGUCAAAGCAGGGUAUCCUCAGUUUCAGCGCUUACGUAUUUCUGGAGAUGGAGACUGCCAUUCUUUCAAUCAUUCAGAAAUAAAACCUUCAGGCUGGGCAUGGUGGCGCACCCAUGGAACCCAGUCACUCCGGGGGUUGAGAGUUCAAGGGUGCCCAGGCUGCACAGUGACAGCCAGGAGAAAAGAAAUGGCAUUCAGUAAAAACUGCUGAACCAACAAUGCCGAAAGCCUAAUUAUCAAACACAUUUUAGUGACUAAUGCACACAAAAGAGUACCCAUAAAAUGUGUGAGGAUUCUAAUAAGUAAAUAGCCUGCGUUUAUGAUUCAGCCCAUCAGCAGGACCUUGGCAAGCCCCACAGGAGCCUCCCAUGCAAGAGGAGCCCUUUGGCGAGGCUACACAGCAGCUCCCGGUACCCAGGGUCCAGACAGUGGUGGGGACAGGGACUGGGUCUGUGCCAAAGCCAUGGGACGGAAGAAGUGUUCAGUAUAGGCAAGAAACGGCUGACCCAGGGACUGUUUCACAUGCGGUAGAAACGAGCUGGCUUGGAUGCAGAACCUAUGUGACCCUCUCCUGCAGGGUCCUGAAUGGGCCUCUUUGUCGCAGAGCUCGCUGAGUCCGUCUCCUCCACUGGCCAUGAGGAGGAACAGGACGUGGGGAAAUGCUCUCAUCUGAGGCGCAGGUGUGGUCGGAGGGCCGUGGGAUCCUCAGAGCCCAUUAAGAACUGACCCCAAAUAUCUCGAUGCCUGCCAGAUCUAGACGGGUCCAUCCGCUCACCUGGCGAUGUACAGCGAGACAUCACUCGGGCUCCUGUGUGCUUUCCCUUAAAAUAUGCAAUCUUUAACAGUUACUCCUCAAUAGAGGUGUAAAAGAUUUCCAGAAGGGUAUUUCAAAAUAUUCCUGUUGGUUGCCUCUGAGAAGUGGGGCCAAAGGCACUGCUUACGCCUCCCUUUUUGCACUUGUUAUAAUUACUGAAGGAGCCCAGUGCCACCAUCCUUGCUUCACAUCCCACUGUGCUUGUGCACCUGCUGAGAGGUACAAUUCUGCUCAGGAAGGCCCAGCAGGCACGGCAGCACCCUCACCCCCGUCACCUUCUCUGGUGGCAGACACACCAUACCUUGCGUUUAAGCCCUAUCGCUAGCAGAGCCAUUGUUCCCUCACUCAAGUCCUGCACAGACCCAUUUUGACCUUUUCUUCCACAACCCCUUUUAUAACCAUGACUCUAUAAAAGACUUCAUAACCUGUAGAAGUGUUCCUGGUCUGCUGUCAGAGCCUGGACUAUCCCUCUUAGGUUUGUUCUGAAAUAAACCUGUCCUGUUGAGCUCAUACCUCUGCUUCUUUUCCCU